AGCCGCGCCGACACCCGUCAUAUCGCGCGCCACCUUCCUUCGGGCGGCCGUGUCCCGUUCCCGCGCGCCGCCACAAACUUAAACUCGCUUUCUGCCGCUCAAAACCUGUUUGAAACAAAAAAUAUCUCGAUUAUAACUUAACUGCAGGACUCGAUUUACUUCCUAAUGACCAUUAAUGUACUUUCUAAGAGAGUUGACAUCAUGUUUCAGUGAUAACUUCGACAAACUUGAACAAAGUUAACAACUAUUGGUGUUGUUGUGUAAGCUCGCAGGCAUGACUGAACGAAGCUCGCGCUAAACCGGUCCCUUAAUCAAGAGGCCGAAAGUUCAUUUCUCUGGACGGGACGAGAAUGCGCCUCGAUGUUUAAGAAAAGUAGCAAAGGGCGGUGCGUGCUAGUGAUCAAGGCCCGCGGCUGGAAACGCAUGCCCAUGAAGCUACUGAAGUGGGGCCGCAAGAUGCCGUCCACCAAGCAGUACAACCCGGUGCCGAAUGACGAGUACGACACCCGCAUCCCGCUGCACCCGGACGAGGCCUUCACCUACGGCAUCAAGUUCCAAGCCAAGUACAUUGGGACCAUGGAUGUGCCCCGGCCGUCAAGUCGCGUUGAAAUAGUUGCCGCCAUGCGUCGUGUACGCUACGAGUUCAAAGCUAAGGGUGUAAAGAAGCGAAAAGUAACUAUUGAAGUAUCGACGGAUGGAGUAAGGGUAUCGACGCGGAAAAAGCCCAAGCCUAAAAAGAAAGGUUCGAAACUGUUCAGCCGCGGCAGCAAGAGCAGUGACGCGAGCAUCGAGAGCAUCGACAUCAUGCACCACCCCAUCUACCGCAUCUUCUACGUGUCACACGACAGCUCCGAUCUCAAGAUCUUCUCUUACAUCGCGAGGGACGGAGCCACCAACCUCUUCAAGUGCAAUGUCUUCAAAAGCAACAGAAAGAGCCAAGCCAUGCGGAUCGUGCGUACCGUGGGGCAGGCGUUCGAGGUGUGCCACAAGAUGCAGAUCAACACCCCCGAGCAGGCGGCUGCCUCCACGUCCUCGGCCGCUGAUGACCUCGCCUACUCCGACCGCGCCAGCGACCAACCGCCUACCAAAGAAGCGGUUUCCGAUUGCGGUGCUUCAGAGGCUAGCGUGGCGUCCACAUCGAAGGUGGUGGUCGAAGCGGUGCCGGAAAACAAGGAGAACACCAGGCCGACGCACUUAGAGCUGCUCCCACCUCCUCCCAGGAAGACUGAACGUCGGACAACACCCCAGCGACCGCCGGAGCCGACACCGGUCGCCGUGGUGAACCUGCCGUGGCCGGAUCCUGAGGAGCCGGUGGCGGGUGACCCGGUGCCGGCCGACGCGGGCACGCCGCCGGCCGCGCCGCUCAGCGCGCAACACCGAGUGCAGUUGCUGGAGGAGCGGCUCGAGAAUCAAACCCAGCAGACUCGCGCGGCCGUCGCGCAGCUCUUCCUUCUGCGCGAUCAACUCGCCGCCGAACAAUCCGCGCGAUGCGAAGCUCAAGCGCGCACACACCAGCUGCUGGCACAUAACAAGGAGCUGCUAGAGCACAUCGCGGCGCUCGUGGCGCACCUGCAGGAGCGCGAGCGUGGCUCCUCCAAGCCGAUCAACGCGCAGCAACUCACUCUGCUACCGCAGAAGGGUGGCGCAGAGAAGAGAACCACACGCGUUUGCAACGGCAACGCGAACAACGGCCAGACCAGCGUCGACUCGCUCAUCGAUCUAAUCAGCCACACCAAAAUUACUCAGAAUGUUGACAACAACAACGACACUGUCGUCUCGGCCUUCAGCAGUCCGGGAUCACCCCCGAGCUUCGGGAACAUGACCAACGAGCAAAUACAAAACUAUCUCAUAGCUAAAUUCCAAAACGUCAACACCGACGGCACUGCUGGAUCCCCAAUCAAUAAUAACAAUGGAACUCUCAAACACAGCCCGUUCUACCAGAAUCGUAACGCUUUUCCCAACGUCCCACCCGUCAUCGAUAACUUCAAUAAUGGCGAUAUCGGGGACUUACUCAACAUAGAGCCAUACUCCAUACACAUAGGUGAAAACAACCUGGAGCAAGCAAUGAGCGUAGGGCAGUCGGAAGUGUCGCUAUACAGCGCUAGCCAAGCCACGACAUCCAAAGAUUCGACGCCUGAUGCUUGUAGUUCAGAUGACGGCGUUCCGUUUAUCAUGCCCUUGUCGCACAACGGGACGCUGACUGCAACAGGAGAAGACGGGCGCGUGAGGCUGAUCGUGCCGGUGAGCCCGUCGGGCAGCACUUCUGACGUCCCGGAGAUGCGGGCCGAGACAACUCCCCAGGGGAACACCCUGACAGUGCCCGGGGCGUCAGUCGCAUACGCCGCUCCCAUCACUCGCUCCACCAGCGAAAAAGUACCGAAUCACAGCCAUAUGAUGACGGCUCUCCGGCAACAAUGGACCAGGCACACUACUAAGUAAAUUAACAAAAUCCUACGAACAACAAAUGACUUAGGUAGUUUUAUAUGAUACGCGAUUGCGUCUAAACUCAUUCUAGUCAAAUUAUUGAUGAUGUAAUAACCAAAAAUAUACUUUUAAUAAGCUGUGAUUAUUGAUAUUAG